AUCCAAAAAGUGAGAAAAUGAAAACUUAUAUGGAUUUGGUUGAUUUUUUAAGGCCAAAGUUUGUGUUGAUGGAGAAUGUUGUUGAUCUUUUAAAAUUUCCAAGUGGGUUUCUUGGGAGAUAUGCUUUAAGCCGGCUUGUAGGGAUGAAUUAUCAGGCACGGAUGGGUAUGCUUGUAGGUGGAGCAUAUGGCCUCUCACAAUUUCACAUGCGUGUCUUUUUGUGGGGUGCCCUUCAAGGAGAGAAGCUGCCACAAUUUCCUUUGCCAGCCCACAAAGUUGAUAGUAGAGGCGUCAUUUCCAAAGAGUUUGAGUGCAACGAUGUUGAUUAUGAAAACCAUGAUGUCAACCUAAAGGACGCACUCUUUCUUGAAGAUGCCAUUUCCGAUCUUUCUAAAGUUGAGAAUACUGAGGUUAGAGAAGAGAUGCAUUAUGUUGAUGAUCCAAAAACUCAUUUUCAGCGGUUUAUAAGACUUGGGCGAGAUGGUGUGCUUGGACAAGUUUUGUACGAUCAGCGGUUUACAGAGAUUUACCUGGUGUUCGCGUGGUUGGCAAUAAGGGCUGAGCCUCACAAUCAGGCCAUUUGGUACCCUGUCCAAGACCAAGUUCUCACAAUCACAGAAAACGCGCGGUUACAGGGAUUUCCUGAUUACUACAAGCUUUGUGGCUCGAUCAAAGACAAGUACACACAAGUGGGAAAUGCAGUUGCUGUUCUAGUUGUCAAAGCUUUAGGUUACUCAUUAGCUCUCUCAUUCAAAGGCUUUUCUGAAGCAUCUGCCAUGUUCACAUUGCCCGAAGGAUAUGGCGCGAUUCAAGAGCUACCAUCAUAUGUUGACUUUGCUUUGGUUGCGGUGCGGUCGUUUGACUACGAGUGUUGCUUGCACAUGGGUAGUGCUCGGGUUAGUGGGAUAGUUCCUUUGGAAGUGGCCAGCCUGCCCACAACCUAGACACAAUUCCUGAUCGUACCAACACUCGCCUGGAUUUGUCCUUCCGCAGGUAGCACAUAGCGGAAAACUAGAAGUCUUCGACUUACCACUAGACGCCACAGACUGGGCUGGCGCUGACUGAAUCAGGAUGGUCUUACCUUUCUUUGGAUGAGAGGUUCUACCGGUCUCACCUAAUGGCUUAUUCG